AUGUCCACAUCCAGCACCUCUUCCCAAGGGCCCCCCACCAGCAUCGAAACCCGACUCUUCAUCAACGGCUCCUUCAUCCCCUCACAAACCGGCAAGAAAUUCCCCGUCAUCAACCCCGCCACCGAGAAGCUCACGGCUUCGGUCUACGAGGCGGAAGCCGUCGAUGUAGAUCUGGCCGUCGCGGCAGCGCAGGCGGCGUUUCCGGCUUGGUCCGCGAAGGGCGCGUGGGAUCGCGCGCAGCUGUUCUUCAAAUUGGCUACGCUGCUGGAGGGUGCGAAUUCGGAACUCGCGAGGUUGGAGGCUGUGAGUAUGGGGAGGCCGGUGUCUCAAUAUCGUGAGUGUCUGUUUUCUGUUUCUGUUUCUGUUUCGAGACUUCUUCGAUAUUACGCUGGCAAGGCAGCCGACGUACAAGGAGAAUCAUCUCUAAAUACCCCCGGCUUUGUCAAUCUGACACUCCGCCAGCCCUUCGGUGUCUGCGGCCUGAUAAUCCCAUGGAACGCACCCAUCUCGACCCUGAUGGUCAAGCUCGCCCCAUGCCUCAUCGCCGGGAACGCCGUCGUUGUCAAGACGUCAGAGAAAGCACCACUAACAGGUCUUCUGCUCGCGCGGCUCAUCCAAGAAGCCGGCUUCCCCCCGGGGAUCGUUAAUAUCCUGAGCGGGAUGGGACCCGUGUGCGGCGCCGCCAUAGCUUCGCACAUGCAAAUCCGUAAGGUCGCCUUCACGGGGUCGGUGCGCACGGGGCGAGCAAUCAAGAAGGCAGCCGCGGAUUCGAACCUGAAAAAGGUCUCGCUGGAGUUGGGCGGGAAGAGCCCCUUGAUCAUCUUCGAGGAUGCGGAUCUAGAGAAGGCCAUCCCGGCUGCGGCGGCUUCGAUCGUGACCCUUUCCGGUCAGAUGUGCAUAGCUUCUUCGCGCGUCUAUGUGCAAUCGUCUAUCGCGGAUGAGUUUUCAAAACGUCUGGUUAGGGAGAUUGAAUUGAAAGGUAGUAACACGGCUGGGAAUGACCCGCUGUCUCCUGCCACGGUCCGAGGACCGCAGGUAGAUAAGUUGCAGUUUGAUUCCAUCAUGGGCCACCUGAAAGAGGCCAAGGAAGCCGGAUAUCAGAUUCUCACUGGCGGCGACAGGGACGGUGAUGUGGGCUAUUACAUCCAGCCCACGGUGAUCCUCAACGCGGAUGAGAACAGUCGGGCGAUAAAGGAGGAGAUCUUCGGGCCCGUUCAAUGCCUCAGCGUCUUCGAAUCGGAAGAGGAAGUCCUCCGCUGGGCCAACGACACGGAGUUCGGUCUCUACGCAAGCGUGUAUACGAAAGAUAUCUCACGCGCCCUUCGCGUGGCUAAAGGCUUCGAGGCUGGGACCGUGGCUGUGAAUACUACAAGCCCCAUGGUCGCUAUGGAUAUGCCUUUCGGGGGUUGGAAAAGUAGCGGGGAAGGCAGAGAAUUAGGUCCACACGCGUUGGACGCCUGGACCGAGAUAAAGACAGUGUUGAUUUCCCUCUGA